AUGCUGCCGUACCUGUUCCCCGAUCUGUCCACCUUUACUACAGGUCCUGCUCCUUCAGGUGUCUCUCAGGUAGACCCUCCUCCCGUCGCUGAGCCUGUCGAGGUCACAGGUGACUCAGGUGCUGCUGCGGGUGGUGCUGCUGGGAGUGCUGAGCCUGGGGGUGCUGAGCCUGGGGGUGCUGGGCCUGGGGGUGCUGGGGCGGCAGGUGCUGGGACUGAGGGUGCUGGAGCUGAGGGUACGGUGCCUGAGAGUACGGAGCCUGGGGGUGCUGAGCCUGCGGGUGCUGAGCCUGCGGGUGCGGGGCCUGGGAGUGCUGGGACUACGGGUGCUGGAGCUGAGGGUACUGUGCCUGAGAGUUUGCCGCCUGGGGGUGCUGAGCCUGGGGGUGCUGCGACUGGGGGUGCUGAGCCUGCGGGUACUGAGCCUGCGGGUACUGAGCCUGGGGGUGCUGCUACUGAGCCUACGGAGCCUCGGGUUACUGCGUCUGGGGGUGCUCCGGUUCGGGGUGCUGAGCAGUCUCUCACACCGCAGCAGCUUCGCGACUGGUACGUCCGACGCUUUCGCCGUCCUAGUGGCUCGGCUGGAGUUUGGGGUGCUGGAGCUGCUCGUCCUGGGGGUGCUCGUACUGGGGGUACUGGAGCUGCCGGGACUGGCUGUUCUGGGAGCACUGCGACUGGAGCUGCUGGAGCUGGGGACUCUGGCGCUGCCGACUCUGGGGGUGGCGCUGCUGCUGGUGCUGCGGACCCACCUGGUGGAGCUGCUGCUGGUGCUGAGGAGUCGGACGGUGGAGCUGCUGCUGGAGCUGGGGACCCGGCCGGUGGAGCUGCUGCUGGUGCUGUGGACCCGGACGCUGGAGCUCCUACUGGUGCUGAGGACCCGGCCGCUGGAGUCCCGUCUGCUUCUGGAGACGCUGCGCGGCCGCGACCGUACUUCGUACCGCUCCUUCAGCAGGUUCUUGGGCAGGCUCCUCCUCCUUGUCCUCCUCCCUCCGUAGAGUGUCCUCCGCCUGUCCAGCCGCAGUCACAGUUACCGCCUGCCUCGCCUCUCCCUGCUCCCUCUCCUUAUACUGGUCCCACAGGAGGUCUUACUGAGCGUCGUGAGCCUGAGUCUCGUCCUGCGUCGCCUGUUCGUCCUGCUCGCACUGGUAGUCGUGUCCGUCGUGAGCGUCCUCCUCCUGUCCCAGGCACUCACUACAUGACUCUACGUCCCUCUACUGCUCCUCGGCGUGUCCCUCUACCGUCUCCUCCUGCGUCCUCUUUGCCUGACGUUCCGGACCCUGAGUCUGACCGGUAUCGCGCUGAGCACCCUACAGUCACGCGUCUCCUUGCUACUGUUGUCACUGACCCCACCUUUGAGUCCUCGGCUGCGUCUGCUCUGGUCGCUGAGUUGGUUGACUUUGCUGCUGCCUGUCGUCUAGACUACGCUGCUAGCCUUGUCGCUGAGUCAGAGUCUGCGUCUGUCUGUCCUCCGUCCGUCGGGGGUGAGUGUGCUCUUGGCACGGACGUCCUUGAGGACAGGCAGGAGGACUUUGACUCUCUUGCGGCUGCUGUACCUCAUCUCGUGGCCUCGUUGCUUGCCCCUGAGGGAGACCCGGAUGCAGUAGACAUCCCCACUCCGCGCACUUACGCAGAGGCGAUCUCGGGUCCCUACUCCUCUCAGUGGCAGACAGCCAUGGACGCAGAGAUGGCAUCCUGGAAGUCCACAGGCACCUACGUCGACGAGGUUCCCCCUCCUGGGGCGAACAUCGUCGAUGGCAUGUGGAUUUUCAGGGUGAAGCGGCCGCCAGGUUCUCCGCCUGUCUUCAAGGCUCGUUACGUUGCUAGAGGCUUCAGUCAGCGUCAGGGGGUCGACUUCUUCCAGACCUUCUCCCCCACCCCGAAGAUGACCACUCUUCGGGUUCUGCUGCACGUUGCUGCUCAGCGUGACUACGAGCUUCACUCUCUUGACUUCAGUACAGCGUUCCUGCAGGGCAGCCUGCACGAGGAGAUCUGGCUGCGCCGCCCACCUGGCUUUACUGGGUCGUUUCCCCCUGGUACCCAGUGGAGUCUCCGCCGGCCAGUCUACGGUCUCCGCCAGGCGCCACGUGAGUGGCACGACACACUGAGGACUACUCUUGCGGCUCUUGGGUUCGCGCCGUCUACUGCUGACCCGUCGCUGUUUCUGCGCACAGACACGUCGCUGCCGCCGUUCUACAUCCUCGUGUACGUCGACGACUUGGUCUUUGCUACUGCUGACACUGAGGCACUCGCUCGUGUGAAGUCGGAGCUGCAGAAGAGACACACCUGCACUGACCUGGGUGAACUGCGUAGCUACCUUGGCUUGCAGAUCACCCGGGACAGAGCUCGCCGCACCAUCACCCUGACUCAGUCACACAUGGUGCAGCAGGUCCUUCAGCGCUUCGGCUUCCAGUUCUCCUCACCACAGGCCACACCUCUGGCUACCAGCCACUCGCUCUCAGCUCCACCUUCGGACGAGUCCGUAGAGCCGAGUGGCCCACACAGGCGAGAGCACUGGGAGGCUGCUAAGAGGGUGCUGCGUUACUUGUGCAGUACAUCAGGCAUGGGGCUGGUGCUUGGAGGACGCGACAGAGUUGUCCUCACUGGUCACUCGGACGCCUCUUGGGUGGACGACCUGGCUACGCAGCGGUCGUCACAGGGUUACACCUUCAGCCUUGGCUCAGGUUCUGUCUCGUGGCGGUCCACCCGCUCUUCCUCUGUUCUCGGCUCUAGUUGUGAGGCUGAGAUCUACGCCACAGCCAUGGCUGCACAGGAGUUACGCUGGCUCACCUACCUGCUGACUGACUUGGGAGAGCGGCCUAGUUCUCCUCCAGUUCUGUACGGCGACAACAAGGCGGCCCUUGCCUUGUGUCAGGAGCACAGACUGGAGCACAGGACGAAGCACAUUGCUCUUCGCUACUUUCUUGCUCGAGAGCUGCAGCAGCGAGGUCAGCUUCGGCUUGUGUACGUGGACUCGAAGGCCAACACCGCUGAUAUCUUCACCAAGGCGCUCCCGCCUAGUGAUCAUCAGCGGCACUGUACUUCUUUAGGCCUUGUGUCCACUUUUCCUCACUUGCUCACUGCUUGA